UUGUUACCAAUCUCACAUCAAAUCAAUCACGUCUCAUCUUCGUCUGAUCCCUUCUCAGAAACCAAACCAAAGCAUGUCUCCUGCAUAUGCCACCACUCUACAGUAACACCACCCACUUACGUGUGCAGUUCGGACCUUGCCACGUGGCAUUCUAUUAGCUUUUCGUGGAGUGUACCGAAAAAAACUUUCCGUGUUAUUAACUCGUUCGUCAUUCUCAAUCCUAUUAUGGCAUUUGGACUCAGAACGAAGAGCUUUGGGUUCUUAGAAGGAGAGCCUGAGUUUUUGAAUGCAUUUCAAUGGUGGAAUCAGAUUGAUGACUCGGAUCAAUGGCAGAGAGGCACUUACUAUGCCCUUUGUGUCGCUUAUACGUUGGUCUCCUUUAUUGCCCUGGUACAACUGGUGCGAAUUCAAUUGAGGGCACCUGGAGAUGGGUGGGCAAUGCAGAAGGUUUUCCACAUGUUGAACUUUGUUGUCAAUGGAUCGAGGGCUGUUGUUUUCGGUUUAUACAAAAGUGAUUUUGCAAUAAGAGCAAAGUUACUAGAGCAGAUGUUAAUGGAGCUUCCUGGUCUUCUGUUUUUUUCUACGUGUACAUUGCUUGUCUUGUUCUGGGCUGAGAUAUAUAACGAGGGAAGAGGUGAACCCUCACAGAAACUUAGGCCUGCUUAUGCUAUUAUCAAUGGUUUUAUUUACUUGGUACAGAUCUGCCUCUGGAUUUACACGUGGAUUUACACGAUUGCAAGCAAAACUGCUACAGGCUUGGAAGCUGCAGAAUUCUUCCUUUCAGUUAUAUCAUUCUUUGCUCUUCUUGGAUUUUUGUUCUACGGUGGAAGGUUGCUUUUCGAGUUGAGGCGUUUCCCUAUUGAAUCUAGAGGCCGUCUAAAGAAACUUUACAAGGUUGGGUCUGCUACUAGCAUUUGUUGCACUUGUUUUCUGAUAAGAUGUGCUUUGCUUGCAUUUUCUGGAUUUAGUAAGAAUACAGAUCUUGAUGUCUUGAACCAUCCCAUUCUUAACUUGGUUUACUAUUUGAUGGUAGAGAUUGUUCCCUCAGUGUUGGUGCUCUUCGUAUUGCGAAAGCUGCCCCGAAGACGAGUUUCUGAUCAGUACCACCCCAUUAGAUGAGUUGUGCAUUUAACUCAAUAUCUGUUCCUUUUUGCUUUUUUUUUUUCUACAUAUCUUCAGUCUGAGAUGGUCCAUAACUGUUUUUGUUUUUCUUUUCUGUGUAUCUUCGGUCUGAGGUGGUCCAUACCUAUUUUGUAUAUUCAUAAUUUCAUUUUAUUCAAUUAAUGUUGUUUAUUCUCCAAACUACAUCUCUUUUCUAUUUCUGUUUUUCUAAAGUGAAAACUGUUGAAUCUGAAGAUAAAAAGACUCUAAAUGUGCUAUGUGAGAGAAUGAUUUUUUUAAUGCAGAAGAGUUGGCUUAUAUAAGCUUUACAUGACAGGAAAAAUAAACUGCAACAGACCCACUAUCUAAUGGCUACUAAAGUGGAAUAAAAAACUCAACUAUCUCCUAAAUAAUAGGACAAUCUAACAGCUCUUUAACACUGGAGUUUUAUUAACUGACACAAUUAAUUGACACGUAAAUAAUAAUUUGACUAACGUUCCCUCCCUAAGCUACAUGCCUCUAUUGCAUUUAGCUUACUUUAGUGACUUUCAUAACUUCAAGCAUGCUUCGUAUCCUUUCAAAUUGAUCAAGUUUCAGAGGUUUGGUCAUAAUGUCUGCUACCUGUUUAUUUGAACACUGGAGCUUUAUUAACUGACACACAUAAAUUAACUGACACACGUAAAUAAUAAUUUGGCUAACAUUCCCUCCGUAAGCUACAUGCCUCUGUUGCAUUUAGCUUACUUAAGUGACUUUCAUAACUCCAAGCAUGCUUCGUAUCCUUUUAAAUUGAUCAAGUUUCAGAGGUUUGGUCAUAAUGUCUGCUACCUGUUUAUUUGAACUACAGUAUGCUAGGCUGACUACUUGAUCAUUCACCAAGUCUCUGAGAAAGUGGAAUCUCACUGCAAUAUGUUUGCUUCUUCCGUGAAAAACAGGAUGUUUUGACAGUUGGAUAAUAGAGUCGUUGUCACAUAAUAUUUUGGCGUCCUUCUUUUCUUUCGAACCCAGGUGUUCUAAGAUUCUUUUGAACCAGAUACAUUGACAUGCACAAAGAGCUGCAACGAUAUAUUUGGCCUCCGUAGUGGACAAACUUACAACAGGUUGCUUUCUCGAAGCCCAUGAGACAGUUGUAGACCCAAUUAUGAAUACUGAGCCAGAUGUGCUUGUUCUAUCAUCUAAAUCUCCUGCAUAAUCACUGUCACUAUAGGCUAUGAGAUCACUUUUACCAUCCUUUUUAUAAAAUAAGCCAUGCUCGGUGGUCCCCUUAAGAUACCUUAAGAGUCUUUUGGUUGUUGUCCACCUUUGGGUUAGCCAUGAACUUGCUUAUUAGAUUUACACCAAACAUCAAAUCUGGUCGAGUUACUUUCAAGUACAUGAGACUUCCAAUUACUUGUCUGAAUUUAGUUGCAUCUACUACAACACCAUUUUCAUCCUUUGAAAGCAUGGUACCUGGAAUAAUAAGUUUCCUUACAGGAUUACUAUCUACCAUGUUGAAUUUAGCUAGAACCUCACGGGCAUAUCUUCUUUGACAAAUAAAAAUCCUAGCAUUACUUUGUAUGACUUCUACUCUGAGAAAGUAUUUCAUUUUUCCCGAAUCAGUCAUGUCAAAUUCAAGCAUCAUUGAACUUUUGAAUUCCUCACACAUGUUCCUACUGUUCCCAGUAAAGAUUAAAUCAUCAACAUAAAGGCUAACUAUUAAAAUAUUACCAUUAUCCUUUUUGGUGAAUAACGUGUGUUCACUGGAGCAUCUUUCAAACUAUUCCUUUGCAAAAUAGGCUUCAAUUUUGCUAUACCAUGCUCUUGGUGCUUGUUUAAGCCCGUAUAAUGCUUUCUUUAACCUGUAUACUUGAUCUUUUUUGCUUUCUUGAUGAAAUCUGCAGGCUGUUGGACAAAUACUUCUUCUUAGAGGUCACUGUGUAGGAAUGCGCUUUUUACACCUAGUUGAAACACUUCCCAUGCACUUUGAGCUGCCGAAGCUAAUAAUGCCUUCACACUGUCAAGUCUAGCUACCGGUGCAAAUACUUCUAUGUAAUCUAUUCAUAUUUUUGGGCAUAACCUUUGGCCACUAAUUUGGCCUUAUGCUUUUCAAUAUUGCCACUUUUGUUGAAUUUCGUCUUAAAAAUCCAUUUAACUCCAAUUGGUGUAACACCUUUAGAAAGAACAACAAGCUCCUAAGUGUUGUUCCUUUCGAGCCAUCUCUGUAUCCAUUGCUUCCCUCCACCGCUUGCUUUUACAUGCUUCUUCGAAGGAAUAUGGAUCAUCAAUGUCAGUUGCUAUCAUUGCCAUGAGGUUUUCUUCUUCGGCUUCUGUUGAUAGAUUGGUUUCAAAAUCAGCCAUCCGUGCAGGUUCUGUGUCUUCUUGUUCUGCCUCGGGUUCUGUGUCCUCUUGUUCUGCCUCGGGUUUUGUGUCCUCUUGUUCUCCCUCGUUUUCCUUGUCUUCCC